AUGUCCUCAUUAGAUAACUUCCUUUAUAUCCAAGCUGGGCUUGGAGUCCUGGCCAAUAUGUUUCUCCUUUUUUUCUAUACUUCCAUAAUACUGCGUGACAGACCUAAGCCCAUGGACCUGAUCUCCUGUCAACUGACCUUCAUUCACAUAAUGAUGAUCCUCACUGAAGGAGAUAAUUUGCUUCCAAACAUAUUAGAGUCACUAAAAUUUGAAAAUGAUUUCAAAUGUAAGACAACAUUUUACAUAAACAGAGUGAUGAGAGGCCUCUCUGUCUGCAUCACCUGCCUCCUGGGUGUGUUCCAGGCUGUCACAAUCAGUCCCAGUACCUCGCUGUUGGCAAAAUUUAAGGGUAAAGUAAAAACAAACAUCAUCUAUGCUUUCUUAUAUCUUUGGUCUUUCAAUUUGUCAUUCAGUAGUAGGUGGAUCUUCUAUGUGGCUGGUUUUAGCAAUGUAAGUGAGAACCACCAGAUGAGGGUCACUAAAUCCUGCUCACUCUUCCCCAUGAACUACAUCAUCAGGGGAUUAACUUUAAUAGUAACAAUGUCCAGAGAUGUAUUUCUCAUAGGAGUCAUGUUGACCACAAGUGUAUACGUAGUGAUUAUCCUGUAUAGACAUCAGAGGCAAUGUAAGCAUCUUCAUAGCAUUAGCCACCUGAGAGCAUCCCCUGAGAAAAGGGCCACUCAGACUGUCUUGCUGCUGGUGAUUUUCUUUGUGGUCAUUUACUGGGUGGACUUUAUCAUCUCAUUCACCUCAAUCCUGUUAUGGAUGUAUGACCCAGUUGUCCUGAGAGUUCAGAAGUUUGUGAUGUGUGCCUAUCCCACAAUUACUCCUUUGGUACAAAUCAAUUCUGAUAAAAGAGUAAUCAGUGUACUGAAAAACUUGCACUCCAAGUGCCACUAG